AUGUUUGGUCUGAAGGUGAAGAAGAAGAAGAAGGUGAACACUGGCCUGGUGCUGACCAAUGAGGGGGCCUUAGGUGAGAUGUGUCCUCUGAACACUCAAAUCCAGAAAGAAGACAGCAAGCCGCAGAGCUUCCAGGUGGCUGUUAACAUCACUGAGGCUAGGCAGCUGGUGGGUGAGAAUAUGGACCCCAGCGUGGUCAUCGAGAUCGGAGACGAGAGGAAACAGACGUCCGUUAAAGAGGGAACCAACGCCCCCUUCUUCAACGAGUACUUUGUGUUUGACUUCUUCGCCCAUCAAGAGCUGUUCUUCGACAAGGUCAUCCGGCUAUCAGUGGUCCAUUCCAAGAUGUUAAGGAGUUUUUCUGUUGGGACCUUUAAGCUUGACGUGGGCACAGUUUAUCGGCAGCCAGGUCACCAGUUCACCAAUAAGUGGGCGGUGCUUACUGACCCGAGUAACCUCGGCAUAGGGGUCAAAGGUUACGUGAAGUGUGACAUCAGUGUGUCAGGGAAGGGCGAUACCACGCCCCCUGGACAGAAGGCCAGCGAUGCAGAGGAAGUGAUCGAGAAGAACCUGCUGCUCCCAGAGGGUCUGCCGGGGGAGCGGCCCUUGGCCCGCUUCUACGUCCGGGUCUUCAGGGCAGAAGGCCUUCCCCGCAACAACUCCAGCAUCAUGGCCAACGUGACCAAGGCCUUCAUCGGAGACGCCACGGCGCUCAUCGACCCCUACGUGGUGGUCAGCUUUUUCGGGCAGACCGGCCGCACGUCCACCCAGAAGUCAACGGCGGACCCUGUGUGGAACGAACAGAUCGUCUUCAGGGAGAUGUUCCCUCCGCUCUGUCAGAGGAUGAAGAUCCAGGUCUGGGAUGAGGGCAGUAUGAAUGACGUUGCUAUAGGAACCCACUACAUCGACCUGAGACGCAUAUCCAAUGAACAGGAUGGAGACAAAGGUUUCCUGCCUACCUUCGGUCCGGCUUGGAUCAAUCUGUAUGGAUCUGCCCGUAACUUCUCAUUGGUUGACGACAAUCCCGAGCUUAACGAAGGCAUAGGAGAGGGCGUGUCUUACAGGGGGCGUGUCUACCUGGAGCUGGCAGUAGAGAUCCUGGCGGGGGGGACGGGCUCGGAGCCCAAACUCAGCCGAUUGGUCAAACCAAAAGAGUCCAAGGGGGGGAAGAGCGGGGGCAAGGAGGCCAAGACUACUGCAGGUGGAGCAGGAGGAGCAGGAGGAGGGGGGGCUGAGGAGGACAAGGGGAAGGCAGAGGUCUUACCUGCAGAGCCCCCGCCACAGCUGAACGAGGAGGACAAAGAAAGCUUCCUGCUCUUCGGUUGCGUGUUUGAAGCCACGCUCAUCGACAGGAAGAUUGGAGACAAGCCAAUCAGCUUUGAGCUUUCCGUCGGUAACCACGGCAAUGUGCUGGAGAACCCCUGCCCGUCGGGCGGGGGCUCCGGGGGCAGCAGGAGGUCUCUCCCGGAGAACCCGGACAGGCUGGCCCCCUCUCCCUCCUCCUCCUCCCCCCUCCUGACUGGGGGGACCCCUGACUCCUAUCGCAGGUCUGCGCUGGGUGGAUGCACCCCUGAUUUUCCAAGGAAGUCUCUGCUAGCUGGGGUGACCCCAGACCCCCCGAGGAGGUGUUCUCCACAGACCCAGACUGAGUCCUGCACACCUGCAGAGAAACCCCUCCUUGCCCAGGGAAGCAAGUUCUACCUGCAUCUGCCUCUGAGCCAGAAGCCGUGUGUGCAGGUGGUCAGUCUCUGGGAGGACAGAACCUACCGCCUGUUCACCUCCAACCUGCUGGAGAACAUUGCUCUGAACCUGGAAAAGGGCGUGACCGAAGCAGCAGAGCUGAACAAGAAGUCAGAUCCGGGGGCGGAGCAAAUCCUCAAGAUUGUUCUCCAAGGCUUUUGUUUCGAUGCCAGGAAGUUCAUUGUGACAGUACAGAGCAAGUUGAAAAUGGAGUUGAAGAGAAAUCACCUGACUCAACUGGACAGGAAACGACUCACUAUGUGUAAACAGGAACUGGAAGGUAUUAUUGCAGAGGUGGAGGUGAUGACCGAGAGGAAGAGGAACUCAUCAGGGAUAAAAGGUCUGCUGCAGGAGGCCACCAAGCUGUGCAGGCAAAUCCAGUUCCUGGUGGAGGAGCCUCAGCACACACUGCCAGAUGUGUUUGUGUGGUUGCUAAGCAACAACAAGCGAGUGGCCUACAGCCGCCUUAGGGCCAGAGACCUCCUGUUCUCAGGCAACCCUGAAGAGAGAGGGAGGGACUGUGGCAAGAUACACACUCUGUUCCUCAAGUCCCCAGGUAAGCGUUUGGCUCCCUGGUCGGUCCUAGCUAAGGUGGAUGUGUACCUUUGGCUGGGCAGCUGCAGUGAGUCUGGACACCUGCUGGAGGACCUCCCUGCAGGGUUCAACCCCAUCACAGAGGGCUGGGACCCGCUGGGACCCCCCACGCACCUGGUACCUGCAGGCCAGCAUGAGUUCCAGCUGCGAUGCCACAUGUACCAGGCCAGAGGGCUCAUCGCCGCAGACACCUCUGGCCUGUCUGACCCCUUUGCCAGGGUCACCUGUCUGUCCACCUGUCUCACUACUAACAUCAUCAACCAGACCCUGAGUCCUACCUGGAACCAGUGUUUGGUGAUGGAUCGACUGCUUCUGUCUGGAGACCUGAAGCUCAUCCAGCAGGAACCGCCUCGCAUCGUCAUCGAGGUGUACGACGACGACGCCCUGGGUAAGGCAGAAUACCUGGGGUCCACAGUAGCGGUGGCGGAGGUGUCCCUGCGGAGGCAGGGACCCUACAGCGCUCCCAAGCUGCAGUACAGCAGACUGCAUCACGGCUCCCAGGGUGGAGGAGAGCUGCUCGCUGCCUUCGAACUGCUGGAGAUCCCAGAGUCUGGGGAGGAAGGGCUUCCUCCGCUAGAGGAAGUGGGCGGAAUCUAUCGUGUGCCUGCUAAUGUCUGCCCUGUCCUCAGCCACUAUCGCCUGGAGGUUCUGUUUUGGGGUUUGCGUGAGCUGAGGAAAGUUCAGUUGCUCUCUGUUGAUCGGCCUCAGGUCUUCAUAGAGUGUGCAGGUAAAACACUGCGAUCCUCUGUGAUCCAGAGUUACAAGUCCAGUCCCAACUUCACCACCUUGGUGGACACCAUCAGGCUGGAGCUACCAGAGAACGAGCUCCUCCACCCUCCUCUCUCCAUCAGUGUGGUGGACUGGCGUGCAUUCGGUCGCAGCACUCUGGUGGGAAACCACAUCAUCAACAACCUUACCUUCUAUAAAUACACCCCAGCGCCGCCCUCCCCCGCCUCCCUCCGAGGGCCUCCCGGCCCCGUCUCCCUCAGGGCCCCCCCCGGCCCGGCCUCCCCACAGGCCCCCCCUGGCCCCACACCCUCCCCUGAACCCCUGCCAGGUGUGAUCGCUGAUGUCAGCUCAGGACCGUUGUGUUCUGCGGUCAUCAGACCUGUGUCUGGUCCAACAGAAGUGUUGCAGCAGGGCUCAGAGACCGGCUCUACUGUACCGACCAUUCAGGACGUCCUGAUCACUGUAGAGGAGGAAGCCCCUCCUCCCACCCUGGCCACUGCCAGGACAGAAGCUUCUCUCAAGAAGAAAAAAAGCUUCCGCUCCUCCAAGCGUAAGAAGAGAACCAUCGCUGAUGAGUCGGCUGAGAACGUCAUCGACUGGUGGUCCAAAUACUACGCCUCUGUUGAGCGACUGGAGCAGUCAAGACAGAAAGAAGUUCAUCCCUUCCCCCAGGUGUUUGAUAAAGCUUCUUCUUUCCAGAAUCUUCUGAGUGACAGCGUCGCUGGUUUGGUCAGCAGCCAAUCAGAUACAGAGAAGAAGCAGAAAACAAAAGGAGCGCUGACCCCAACCAAACUAGCUACACUACUGCUGUAUGAUAAGGAGCUGGAGGUGGUGUUCGGUCCGUUCGAUGACUGGGUGACCUCGUUUGACCUCUACCGGGGCAAGGCCAAUGACUCUGAUGGCUCCAAUGACCAGAGAUUUGUGGGGAAGUUCAAGGCCCGGUUCUUUCUGAUCAAGCUGGACCAGGAUGAGGAAGAGGAGGAGGACCUUGGUCAGUUACGGGUCAACCGAGGAAUCCCCCCGAACGGACCCGCCAAGGUCCUGAUCCGGGUCUACGUUGUCUCGGCAUCAAACCUGCACCCUGCGGACGCGGACGGGAAGUCAGACCCAUACAUAGUCCUCCGCCUGGGGAGGAAGGAGAUCAAGGACAGAGAGAACUACAUCCCCAAGCAGCUCAACCCCGUGUUCGGGAGGUCGUUUGAGUUCCAGGCGGUCUUCCCCCAGGAUUCAGUCCUAUCAGUGCUGAUCUACGACUAUGACAUGGUGGGAGGAGACGAUCUGAUUGGAGAGACCAGGAUCGACCUGGAGAACCGAUUCUAUAGCCGUCACCGAGCGACCUGUGGCCUGCCCAGCGAAUACAGCCUGGCGGGCUACAACGCCUGGAGAGACAGUCUGAAGCCCUCUGAGUUGCUGGCUAAGCUGUGCAGAGACAGCCAUCUGGAGGAGCCUCUGUUCAGACCCGGCAGGAUCACAGUGGGGGACAAGGUCUUCACCGGCAAGACCGUCUUCAUGGACGAAGACGUCCCAGUGGAGUCCUACGAGCACCUGUCUCUGAAGAUCCUGCACCGCUGGGGGGAGAUGCCCUCAGGCUGCAGGCUGGUCCCGGAGCAUAUCGAGACCCGGACCCUGUUCAACAAGGCCAGACCCGGCCUAGACCAGGGUCAAGUCCAGAUGUGGGUAGAUAUGUAUCCUGCGGAUCUUCCUCAUCCUGGACCCUCAGUGGACAUCUCUCCACGCAAGCCCAAAGGGUAUGAGCUGCGUAUCAUCAUCUGGAACACUGAGGAUGUGGUUCUGGAGGACACUAACUUCUUGACGGGACAGCAGUCCAGUGACAUCUACAUCAAAGGAUGGCUGAAGGGUCUGGAGGAGGACAGACAGGAGACAGACGUUCACUACAACUCUCUGACUGGAGAAGGAAACUUCAACUGGCGCUUCGUGUUCCCCUUCCAUUACCUCCCCGCUGAGAAGGUGCUGGUGAUCUCCAAGCGGAGCAGUAUCUUCUCUCUGGACUGUUCUGAACAGAAGCUGCCGGCCGUUCUGGUUCUCCAGGUCUGGGACUUCGAGAGGCUGUCCUCAGAUGACUUCCUAGGCUCGGUGGAGCUGGACCUCCACUCCUUCCCCAGGGGGAGUAAGUCGUCUAAGAGCUGCAGGCAAGAGGCGCUGCAGGAGGCAGGGGACCGCAUCUCCAUCUUCCAGCAGAAGAGAUCCAGGGGCUGGUGGCCCUUAGAGAAGGCUGGGGAACUCACCGGUAAGGUGGAGGCGGAGUUUCACCUGGUGACAUCAGAGGAGGCAGAGAAUCACCCGAUUGGUCGAGCCCGCAAGGAACCAGAACCUCUGGAUAAACCAAACCGUCCAGACACAUCUUUCUCGUGGUUUGUGAAUCCCUUCAAGUGCUUCUUCCACCUCAUCUGGCGGAACUACAAGAAGUACAUCAUCGCCGCCCUCAUCCUCCUCAUCACUGCCCUCUUCCUUGCCCUGAUCCUCUACACGCUGCCAGGUGCCAUCUCCCAGAAGAUGGUCAAUGGAUAACACACAAUUUAUAGUAUCCACAUUAUCAGUUAGUUGUCUUCUAUAACUGUAUGUUUAGUUGAAUAUGUGCUCUAGCCAUUACCACUGCUGCAACAAAGAGAACAUGCUUAUACUGUUAGUUGACAGCCUAAUUAAAGGAUAACCUGAUGCUACAUGAUACUACUGUUGGUUUAUAGCCUGAAUUAAGCUAACAUGCUAAUACUGCAAGUGUAUAGCUUGGUAAAAGCUAACAUGCAAAAACUGGUGGUAUAUCUAGUAGGAGAGUAUUUAAAGAGCAAGUAAACCGAAUGUUUCAGUUGGAAUUAAAACACACAGCAACUUUGUGAUAUUUCUUAGAGCCAUUGUAGUGUAUGAGGGUUAAAAUAAGAGAUGUUGUAUUUAGGUGGUAGGUGUUGUACUAUAAGUGUCCAAUAUUUAAUCCUCACUAGGACGCAGACAUUAAAAUAAACAGCUGCUUAGUUCCACACAUCCACUCACAACAUGGCCUUAUACUAUUGGUGUCCGAGAAGCUUAACCAGUGUUAACAAAAAAAUCACAAGAAGUCGCUAUUGGUUUUCUGAAAAGUCGCUAGAACGUGCUAGUUUGCAGUGUCGUGAUGUGUACACUAACACGUACUCAGGUAUAAAAUGCAAUGUUCACAAUAAUAUCACCACGUUUAAAGCAAUUGAUUUUUGAAUUUUUGGGACACUGGCUCUUUAAUGAUUCACUUUAUUUUCCUAUUUCUAUCCUCUCAAUAUAUAUUUGAUGAAUUAUGUUAACAUAACCAUAGCUGUAGAUAGCAGUUUGAAUCAAAAAAUUAUACUUAAUAAUUGUUAAAAGCAGCAAUUCUUGACAUCUGUGAUAUUUAGUAGUGAUUUUUUUAAUUUAAAACAAGAACCAUUAUCUAUUUCCACAUCGGGUUUCUACGAUUGAAAUACUAUGAAUAUCAAAUAAUGAACCAGACCCAGAGUUAACCUUCGUUUUUCAUCAUUUUAACAGUCAUUACAUUUGGUUGCAUGUCGAUGACAUCAUACAACCCUUACCAGCGAUCAUCCGGGUAAACAGGCAAACACACUAUCCACACUUCACUAGCCAGACCCUGACCCAUGUGUCAGGGGCAGGGUUGGAAUUUCACGACGGCCAUGGCCGUCGUUGCCCCGCACUUUGGCCUUGAUGCCCUUCUGAAAAUCGUAUGCCCAUCGGCCACUGUGGCCUCGGUGCCCCUCGCUCUGCCCGUUUUGUUUAUUUCUUUCCCCCCUGCCUCUGCCCUCUCCUGUCAAGUCCGCCCGACAACGGAAUGUUAGUACAUGUACUUGAUUUGUCACCACAACAGUAACGUAAUCAACAAGUGUGACCAAUAAAAUGCAAGCGUUAAAGGUCCCAUGGCAUGCUACUUUAUGGAUGCUUUAAUGUAGAUAUUAGUAGGCCCCAAACACAGUAUUUGAAGACGUUCCCGAUAUUCAGCCGUGGUGCAGAACUACAGCCACUACAAGCCAGUCGCACAUUGAGCUUUCCCCAAUUGCGCCAUUUCGGUUGUAUGCAGCUUUAAUGCAAAUGAGGAGGAGAGAGGCGGGUCAAGGAGGAGGGUGGGGUGUGGCCCUGAGCAGCUUGCAGCCACGGUACCAUGAGCUCUGUUUACAGUGGAUGUAUCGCAAUGCCGAGGCGCAAACAGCCUUUAGCCGUGUACUGUAAAUAUUGUAGAACCCACGGGAGUCCUGGAGCUCCAUAUCUAAAUAAUAUCAUAUUAUUAGGGGUGUGAAUCUUUGGCUUCAGACGAUUCGAUUCGAUUAACGAUUCAGUAGUUGGCGAUUCGAUUCAAGGACAAUUACUUUUUUUGGAACGAUUCGAUUCGAUUCGAUUCUGUAAACCACGAUUCGAUUCAGUAACUUUGAACCAAAAUUCUAUAUCAGUGAAAUAAACAUGCAAUAAUGUGACACCCUGUCAUGGGUAGAUGUGUUGGAGCAUCUUGAACUAGGUGGAAAAUCACUCAGGAGCCGACGAGAAGUUUGGAAAAAGAUGGGAUCUUUUAUUUUCCCAAUUUAAGGCCCAUAAGGCAAUAAAACGAAAAUCAACAAAAAGAAAAAUAUUUUUCACUAAACAAACUGAAUGGGCUUGAGAGUCACAAAAACAUCAAUUCGAACUUAAGCAUACUGGACCUUUAUAUUAUUGCUAGAUUUUGGCGUAGCCAAAAUAUA